AUGGUUACUAGUAGUGAUGAUCAAAAUUAUAAAUCUAAAACGGCAUCAACCUCUCAUCAAAAUCAACCUUCUUCUGCUACCACUAACAACAAUGUUACGGAUUCUUUUGUCGAUCCUUACACGCCGCCUUCUUCAAAUUCUAGUGACGAUGAAUCAGCAUCGUCUCCAAAAUCAUUUUAUACAACGGCAAAUUCAACAAUAGUCAAUAACAAUAACAAUCAUCAUGACUUUCUUCUUCCGGCUUAUAAAUUAAAUUCUUCUAAUCACCAAGGUGAAAAUAAAUCUUCUAAUACAAAAAGACCAUCAGUGGAUAGAACAAGAUCGUCAUCAGAGCCAAUACCAUAUUCAGCAUCUUACGAACCAUCAUUGCUAGUAGACGUCAAACCAAAUAAAAUUGUACAUGCUAAACCUCAAAAUGCAGAAGAAUUUUGUAAAAAAUUUCUUGAUAAUGAUGAUGGCGACGAUAGCAAUCAACAAGAUUCAUCAUUAUCUGAUAUUAUUAAUAUAAUAAAGGAAGAAAAAGACCCCAAUAUUGGAUUAACAUUACCACCAACACCUACAACAGCAACAUUUACUACAAAUAAUCGAGACUAUAAUUCCAAUUCUACUGUCCAACAGUUAACUCCUUUUACCGAAACCCUUCCUCCUUUACCUCCACUUUUUGAAGAAAACUUUCGAAAUUUUGGAAGUUUUUCUCCAAUGGCAACUACAACACCACCCGAUAGUAAUAAUCACAACAACACCAGCAAUAACGUUUAUUAUUAUUUUAAUAAUCACAACACUAACGGCACAAAUAAUAAUCGUAACACUGGUAAUCACAACGCUAAUGGUACCAAUAACAAUCAUCUUCGUAACACUAGCCUAAAUCAUAACCACAACAUUAGUAGCAUCAAUAAUAAUCAUAAUAAUUAUCACAACAAAUUUAAUAAUAAGAAAUUAUUAUCAUGUAGCAAGUUGUGGGAAAGGAUUCAACAACAUCCCAAAUUUGAUGACCUUGGAGGUGAUGAGAUUGAUAGAUUGUGUUCAGAAUUGAAAACUAAAGCUAAAUGUUCCGCAAAUGGUGGUUUGCGUGUUCUUGCCGAAGAUGAGUUAGAAGCAGUUUUAGUGAAAUUAGAAAAAAACAACUAA